GCCCCCGUACGAGACAUGUUUUGUGUAUGUCAAACCAUAAUACGUGUAGUUUGUAUGGAAUGGAUUUGUAUUUGUAAUGACGUACGUGCGUCAUGUACGUUGUGCAUGUGUUGUGUGGAUGAUGAUCGCAGAGAAUAAAUGGUCGGUCGAAGUGAUCUACCAAGCUGCUUCAUCUCAGAAUCUCAGCUUUUUUAAUCAUAGCAAGCACUUGGCCUGGACAUGUUGGACUUGGAGCAUUGAGGAAGGAAUGCUUGGAGGUACUGUAGGCAAGUUAAAAUUACUGUGAAUGUUAGGAGUCAACAUACAACUGACCUAAACAGGAGGAACUAAACCUCAUUGCCAGCCAACCAACUCAAAGCCAGUGUCUGAGUCUGAGGAAUACCUGACUCCAAUUCAAGUGUCACCAUACUACACGUACCGGUACCUUCUAGUCUGAGCACCAUUGACUGUCAUUAGUUUGGAGCUGUCACAUUUACCCCAUUGUACCUGGCCUCAUAAGCUAAGUGUGCAGAUUACUGGAUGCGUACAAUAGCCCAGGCAGAAGGCCACUCUAGGACGACACACUGUCUCUAUUUGAUGUGUACACAUCUAUAGGACAACAAACACUAUCAACUCGUGCUAGGCGUGUACAGUGCAGGCAAAAUGGCAGAUUGAAUAAUAUGGCCUUUGGAACUCAUGGAGACAAAUCUAGACUAGACUAAGAUUUGAUGCUGGAAUAGUUGGCUAGACACUUGGACUAUUGCUGGGUACUUUGCCUUCGGAAUCACUAUUGCUACAUGUAACUGGUACCUAGAGCUGGCUAAAGUCAUUUGGAGUUUGCAUCUUCAACAAAAAAAUAGAUAGAUUCAUCAGAUUCAGAAGUGAUGUCUUUGUUACCUUGAGAAUGUGAAGUACUCCACGAUGCUACCAUAUUGGCCUAAGAUUAUCCAGCAGUGGUUGUCAGCAGCUGUCUUCUGCUUAGUCUUUAUGUCUUCAUGCUGCGCACCCACUGAACCCUCUCUCAUAUUCUCCUAUGAUGACAGUACACCUUUCCCUAAUGCCAUUAAGUGUUUUACCUGCACGGAUAAGAGGAGUAACAGGGAAUGCAAUGAGAGAGCCUAUGAUGCGUUCUGUCCUAAAGGAACCAAGUACUGCCAUACAUCCCAUUACGUGAACCAGAAGACUAGAGAGAGUAUAUUAGUCAACAAGAAAUGUGCUGAGAUACAAGACUGUACAAUGAACACUGUAGGCUGCACAGAUACCAGCACUAAACAUGUACAGAGGUGUGUAUCAUGCUGUGAAGGAACACAAUGUAACUUCUGGUCACCACAUAACUCCACCACAGCGAUCUUCAGCACCUUGACACCACUGAACACUGCGCCACUCCAGAGAAUACCCAAUGUCAUAUUAAUAGUAGGACUAUCAAUCACUACAAGACUUCUCAGGCUAGUUACGUAACAUCAGCUUAACCUUGUAAAUAUUGGAUGUACAUUUGAAAUGUUUUUGUUUUCCUAGUGAAACAUUGUCUAGAUGUGUGAAAUGUUGGGAGGUUUUAUAAUUGUUGAAAUUGUUGAAAUGGGUGAGUCACGUAUCACCAAUGCACAUUUGAUAGAAUUAUUACAAUGAGGUUUUGGAUUGUGAAUAAAUGAAUGGGUGCAUUAUCUACCUAACAAUUGUUGACUGCUUUGAUGUGGGAUAUGACGUCUCAAACACCCGAGGCGAAGCACCCGAGGGUGUUGAAAACGUCAUAUCCCACAUCACAGCAGUCAACAAUUGUUUUGUUAUACCUCUGUCUUGGAUUCUUUGGAUUUUGAUGCAAGCAUGACGAAAACAAACAGCAGUAAAUACAACAAUCAUGACAAUGGAACGUCAACUCACAUGCAUGUCGCGUACCGAGCUCGAAACAGCUGAGCCUCUAUUACUUCGCUGCUCCCACUCAUGUGUGAAAACACGGUGAAAAUAGCGUGGGUACCAACGAUACAGGUGUUUCACACUGUAAGUACAAAGUCAAAGUACGUGAUAUCCCACAGGGAGUGUGCCAUGACUUUUUAUAAACUUAACGUGAUCGUUCUAGGCCAAUAAAAAUACAGUAUACAAGACAGAGGUAUGACAAAUAUAUUCAUAUGUUGAUGGUAGCAGAAUUUAUCCCUGAAAAUGUCACCUUCCUUUUUGUAUACAGUGUCCCGCUUUGUGGAUUGCUUGUUUGCAGAUUUUGCAGAUGUAACAUGUUCAUCAUUUUGACAAUUGGCAAGUAUCAGACAUGUGUGACUUGUAAAACUAGCAACAAAAGUCAACAACAAGAUUUCAGAUAUGCAAAGAAGCUGUCAGUAUCAGGUUGUGAUUUAUUAAAAGAAUCAAGAGUCAAUUUUUUGUAAUUUACAGAUAACAAGUUGUAAAUUUUGUACAUUUAUAUAUUUCAUGAUGUGUCUAUACAAACAGUAUGUACAUUAAACCACCGUGUACAGAUACAUGUAUGAGUUGUGCUUAAUGCAUUUGCAUGAUCUGUAUCUGCAUAUAUGCAUAUUAAUAGAUAAAAUUAAGUUAAAUUUUUACACGUACCGGUGUUAGGAUUGUACCACUGUAAUGUGAUUUAACCUACAAUUAGUCAUGAACAAAACUUGAAUAUUAAUGAACCAUAUUCAGGUUCGUUUUACCACCUUAUAGUUACUGUCCUACAGUAACUAAGUCCUACAUAUCAAGCGUUUGACGUUAUUAAUAAUUCUUUUGUUAGAAAAUGUUAAAUUUAUGCUAAAAAGAAUUAAAAGCACCUUGAGCCAUAAAAAAUUAACUUCCAUUUCAUUUUAAUCAUAUAGAUUUUACAUUUGAAUGCUCGUUUCAACUUAACUGCAAAAUGAAGUAUUACUGAAUAUAGAAAUGACUGCACAUGAUAUGAUUGUUGAAUUACCCAUUAGACGUACAAAUGAUGCACAUAGUGAUUGGAUAUGAAGGCAAUAGUAUACAUGUAUGUCUUUACAUCCCUUGUGCAGUUGGCAUAGAACAUGUAGAAACAAACAAGGACCAGUGUCUGAAUAAUGUAUCAUUGUGUUUUCGUCAAACUUGUCAAAGUAUCACUUUCAAGUUAACCAAAUCACAGCAAGUACUUAACUCGAUAAAAUCUAUGAAUUACUUAGCUGCGGCUGGCAAUGACAUAUGAGACUACAGAAGCCGCUGACUGCACUUCCCAUUCAGGCAUGUGUUGGUGCCAGCCUUAGCCAGUCAUUCAGACCCAGUCAUAUUUGCAUGCGUCACUUGAUGUGUGGCAAGUUGCAAGAUGCCAAUGACAUGUACCCCAAUGACCAUGAUUGGUUGUAUUGGGAAAGUAUUGAUAAUGUGGGAAGCAAUAGACGGUUUUCUUUGCCAAGUUCUUAGACAAUGCACUAUAGACCAACAAUUCUAAAAAGAAACACUCUGAAGGUGCUAUUUUAUUUCUUUCACUUUUUGCCAAACAAAAAAGCCUAGAUACUAAACUAGCUGACGUGAAUGUUUUUGUAACCAAUAGAUGAGUUUAACACACUGAAUGAAGUGUGCAUUCAGUUGUAACAUUGCUUGCUUGCGCAGUAAACAUACAUGUAUACUUGAAUAGUUUACAUUCAUCAUGUAAGUUAACUAAUGAAGUUAGAAGUCUUCCAAUUUUUUACGAUGAGAAACCCUUUAUUUCUGAAUUAGUGCCACUUGAUUAAAAAGACAUUUCCGUGGCUAUGAAAAUGUUGAAAGUUGGAAAAAAAAUAACUGUAAGUCUGGGCAAAUGGCCAAAUAUCUAAGCAUACUGAUGCAGGUUCCUUGAUGAUCAAGACCUGUCAUAUUAUAACUGAUGAAUACAAAUCAGCAAUGCUACUCAUACAUUAAUAUGAAGAUUUGUUGGAACGUAUUUUCCACCAUGAUAACUAUUAUAACAUUUGCUCAUUAGAAAAUGUUUUAUCAAAUAAAUUUAAAUGAAAUUGCAUUAUACAUACAUUAUUUUGCCAUUUAAAAGACCACCUUUUAGAACUUUCUAAAGCAUAAAAUAAUUUAUAUUUCAAUCACUGCUGAUGCUCAUGGGCCUCAAAAAGGCAAUAUUUACAAAAUGACUAUUUAUUCAACAAGUGUUUUAAGUUAACUUAUGCUUUGUAAAAACCACCACACCUUUCUGUACAGUGUUUGUUCUUUUGUAUCUAUAUUUCAUAUCAACACACUUUUAUGUAUAUAUGUCUUGGGUUUCAGAUUAGAGAAUAAAAUGUUUACUUGAUCGGAAA